AUGAUACAGGGUGGAGACUUUACUAGAAGAGAUGGAACAGGCGGUGAGAGCGUCUACGGACCAACUUUUGCGGAUGAGAAUUUUCGUCGCAAACAUGAUCAAGAAGGAUUAUUAUCCAUGGCCAACAGGGGACCUAAUACAAAUAGUUCACAAUUUUUUAUCACUGUUCGGCCAACACCUCAUUUAGAUGGACCUGGAGAAACUGGAAUUGGUUUCAGGAACAGUUAUAUUAAUGAUUUACUGAUAAUGGGUGAUAAUGAUAUAGGAAAACACGUUGUCUUUGGGCGUGUUGUCAGUGGCUUUGAUGUUGUAGAGACCAUUGAAAAUGCCCCAACCGAUGAAAAGGAUCGUCCAAUUGCAAAUGUAAUGAUUGGACAAUGCGGAGAACUUGAAUUGAGACUGCCGCCCAAUAUUAAACGUAACUCAUUAUCCUUUACACUUGUGGUCAGUAGUGACAGCAGAUCACGUAGUCCAAGUGUCAGUCGAGGACGUAAAGCAAGAGCAAGAAGUCGAACACGAUCGCUCAGCAGAGAUAGGUACAAUAUGAGUAUUGAAGAGGAGGAUAAAGUUAAACCGAAAAAUGGGGAUGGACAACGAAGACUAUCACACUCUAGAUCUAGAUCACCCGCGAAUUCUGUCUCAAGAUCGAGAUCACGUUCAAGAUCAAUUAAAAGACGAUCCCGUAGUAUGUCGCGUUCGAGAUCGAGAUCACCUCGACAUAGAUCACGCUCUCGUUCAUCACGUCAUCGGUCAAGCUCCCGAACGCGUUCUCUUCGUGAAAGGUCACUUUCUCCUAGUAGAAGCCCAUUGCCAAGUCGUCGACGUCGGGGAGUUGACAGCUAUAGACCCGGAGACACGUAUAUCGCUCCUAGCUAUCGUCGUGAUAGUGCCUCGACGCGCGACAAAACCAAAGGUUCUGAAAAAACCCAUGAAGAAGAUCGCGAAUCUCGACGCGACAAAGAUCGUGAUUCCGCGAAGGAUCGAGAUCGAAGGGAACAAAAAGAUCGCGAAGAUAAAAAAGAAAAAGAAAGAUCGCGUGACAGAGACAAAGGCAAAGAACGAGAAAGCUCACGAUCUAGAGGACGAGGCAGAGAAAUACGUGAACGGAACGACGAUGAGCGCCGUGCUGAAAAUGUAGAUGAUCAUGAAGAAGAGGAAGAAGGGAAAAAAGAUAAAAGUCGUCGGAGAUCAAUGUCAAGAUCUCCUCCGAUUAGAUACAAGGGACGUGGCAGAAUGGUAAUUGUGUUUUCCAUGUAA